AUGCAUGACUCUGAAGAUUUCAGUCUCCAGGACGGUGGCAGAGUCAGAGACCAGAUAGAUGGAACAGGAAUGAGUUUGGGUAAGGGGAAGGGGGUGAGGGUGACAGGGAGAUACAUUACCCCUACGGACUUGGGGGACAGGGGAGGGCCAUGCAUCAUCCAUUCCUGUCCCAACACCCCCAGACCCCCAGACACCCCUACCAUGAUCUCCAUCGGCCCGCCUUCACACAGACCCUCCGUUUCCCCUGAAAGAGGGGAUUACCCCAGGGCAGAGGAACCUCCUGUCAGGGAGGAGUGGAUUGGAGACAUGGCAUCCCAGAAAAGGCCCCCCUGCGUCGAGACAGGUAUCCCCAGACACACCAUGGACGAGCUGAGAACGAUACUGAGGGACAGUUCCCUGAUCGACGGACGAGGGAGGGACGGAGGGAGGCCCGGCGGUCCGUACACCUACCUCCACGGAAGUGCGACGAGCAGGCCAGAUGGAGGACAGGGAGAUGGGAACCCAGAGAGGGCGUUCACCACCUUCAAACCCCAUUCUGAUAGUUCCAGAAAGGGGCCCAGGUCCCGAGAUAGUAUCUCUAUUCAACUGGCCUCCAACAUGGAUUCAUCUAGUUCAUUCAGACCUGAUGUGACCACAAAUAGGCAGCCUGGAGUCAGGACACCCAUACAUAAUACCAGGGUCACCUGGGAAGAGACUGGAGCUUCUCAUUCAGAUAACUUAAAAGAGAAUCUCGAGACUUCCAAAGCUCAGAGCUUCAUUUCAGCCAUGGAACAGAUCAAGCAGCAGAUUGCCAGAGAGAACAUUAACUUUGUCCGCUUCGAAGCCACGGACCUCCAUGGGGUGUCCAGGUCCAAGACCGUACCUGUCCGCUUCUUUCAUGAGAAAGCAGCAUAUGGUGUACCAAUGCCCAGAAGCUACCUGGAGCUCACCUUGAGUCCUAAGUGCAAUGAAGUGGACAACGCUAGUGCUGCCAACUUUAGCAGUGAUGUCCUUCUGAUCCCUGACCUUUCGACCUUCAGAGUCCUUCCCUGGGCAGAGCAAACGGCCCGGGUCAUUUGUGACCCCUGCAUGGUGACUGGGAGUCCUCUGCGGACCUCACCACGCCUUAUCGCCAAACAGCUUCUGGGCCAGCUUCAGGGCUUGGGGUUCUCCUUGCAUUCAUCCUUCACUUAUGAAUGCUGCGUCCUGGGUGCCCCCGACCGGAUCGGCCCCAAGACUCUUCUGUUCCCUGCCACCACACUGCUGAGCAACCAUGAUCAGCCCUUCUUCCAGCAGCUGGUCGACAGCAUGUACUGCAUGGGUGCGGCUGUAGACAGCUUUGCCUCAGCCAGUGGUCCGGGUCAGAUGGAGAUCAACAUGAGGCCUGAGUUCGGAAUCGCGGCUGCUGACAGUGCCUUCACCUUCCGCACAGGCAUUAAAGAAAUGGCUCGUAAACACAGCUACAUCGCCAGCUUCUUCACUGAUGAUGGCCUAUACAAUGCUGGGGUGCUUUCUCACAGUCUGUGGGAUGCCAAUGGCAGGCGAAGCCUCUUUCACAGUGGAGAGAAGGGAGGUGAGCUGUCAGAGAUUGGGAUGAAGUGGUUAUCGGGGCUCCUCACUCACUCCGCUGCCCUGAGCUGCCUGAUGUCCCCAGGCCUCGGCUGUCGAAGCCACAUCGCCAAGACAGUCAAAGACCCCAAACGCCUGCUGCACGCCACAUGUGGCUUCAAUGACAACAGCAGCUCCUUUAACAUUAAAUGCCAUGGUGGGAAGGAGAUGCACAUCGAUAACAAGCUGGGCUCGGCAAUGGCCAACCCAUAUGUGGUGCUGGCAGCUACUGUGGCUGCUGGUCUGGACGGUAUCAAGCGUGGUCUGUCGAUGGAGGCUGGUUUAAACAAAGCUCCCAAUCAGCAGCGACAGUUUGCCAUUCCGGUGAAGCUGGACGAUGCCCUGGAUGCCCUAGGAGAGGACCACAUCAUCCGCAGUGCCCUUGGAGAGCCCUUUGUGCAGUAUUUCAUUGCCAUGAAGAAGUUUGAGAUUGAAACGCAGGAACUGGAUGAUGAAAGGAACAAGUGCCUGGAAUAUUUCAUCUAA